AUGGCUCCUGCUCGCAACGGAAAGCGCCAAGCGUCCGCCCAUGUGGAGGAGCCACCACACAAGAAGGUGGCCCCAGUGUUGAAGAAGUACGGCGUCACACAGGCCGCCUUCAAGCAGAUGGUUGAGGUGCUGCAGCAUCCACUGGCAGGCCAUUUGACUGAGGACUGCAAGCAGAUGAUCUUGGCCAUGCUGCCGCACAGCUUGUGUGUUCCCAGCGACCAGCGCGAGGAAGUGCAAAACUUGGCGGUGAAGAUGUUUGAGGAGGUCGUGGCAUCUGUGGAAGGUCACCUGAAGGAGGCGUUGGAGGCCGAAAAGAGCAAGGUGAAGACGAUCACUGACUCCAAGGAGCAACUGCUUUCAGACGUUUCGAAGGCCCAAGAGCAGUUGAAGGACGCCGAGAAGGAUUUGGAGCAGAAAAACCAGGAGUUGACUGCCAGCUCUCAGGCCGUUGUAGCUGCGAAGACCUUCCUAUCAAAGAAGGAGGAAGAGCAGACAACUGGGGAUGCGAGCCUCCUUCAGACCGAAGCUGACAAGGCUGAGCUGCAGAAGGCCUUCGAGGGUGUCUUUCUGAUGGUGGAGGCGGGAGAGUCCACAGACUCUGCCGCACAGUUGAAGGUCUUUGAAUCCGCCAUGAAGAAGUUGACCAUGGAGGAGUCCCUGAAGAUGGCCAUUCUUCCCGUCCUACAGAAGCCGCCUGCUGAGCGUGGCGGUUUUGAUGCCACGGUGCUCUCCGAGUUUCAGAACAUCUUUGAGGCGAAGCUGCGUGAGUUGUCGGAGAUGCUGCAGCAAGGAGCUCCUGAACGCCAGGCGCGUCAGCUGUGUGUGGACCAAGCCCGGGCACAGUUGGAAGAGGCCGAGACCAAGCAGAAGGAGUGUUCUGGUGAAUUGCUGGCUUCCAAGCAGAAGCAGAAGGAGGCCACCAGCGCAUUGAAGGAGGUGGAGGCCUCCGUGGCAUCCUAUGAGGCGACCCUGAAGGCAGCCAUGGAUGUGCAAGACGAGAAGCAGAAGGAUGUGGACAGCUUUGUGGAGACCACCAUGAAGGGUUUCACCAAUCUCAAGGACGUGGAAGUUGGCGACGCCAUGCAGGAACAAGAACUGGAAUUGCAGGCCGUGAUUGGCUUCAAGGGCACGGUGCAGAGCAGCCUCAUCCUGCAUCCUGAUCAGGAGCAUCUCAUCUUUCCCCUGGGCUGCACGGUGGUACUUCGGAACCUGAUCAAACGCACUCAGGCGUUCCUUCAGGGACAUGACAAUCAGGUGAACUGCAUCACCGUGUCGAAGUCGGGAAAGUUGCUGGCAUCAGGACAAAAGACCUUCAUGGGCUUUCCAGCAGACGUGAUCAUUUGGGACUUUGAGCAGAGAAAGGAGAUCCAUCGACUGUCCUUGCACAAAGUGGCAGUUACGUCCUUGUCCUUCUCCUGCGACGAGACCUAUUUGGCCACACUGGGCGGUCAGGAUGACAAUAGCCUGGUGAUUUGGGAGGUGGAGAGAGGCUUGGCAGUUUGCGGCACUCCAGCAGCCACGGAUACAGCCCAUUGCGUUCGCUUCUUCAACAACACGGAGUUCAGCCUCGUCACAGGUGGAAAUUAUCACGUGGUGAUUUGGCAGUUCGACCUGGCGAACAAAAAACUACGACCCACCCAGGCCAAUUUGGGACAAAUGAAAAGGAUCACCACCAACGUUCUGAUUGACCAAGAGGACAAGUUUGUGUACUGCGGAACAACCACAGGAGAUUUACUUCAGGUGGAGUUGGGCCAUGCUCUCUUCAAGCAGUACACGCCUAAGGGUGGACCCACCAAGACCUUCGCCUUGGGCAUCACGACGUCGGCCUUGUUGCCGGACGGCGACAUGAUCCUGGGAACCGGCAACGGAUUGCUGGCGCGAGUCUCCGCUGACACCUUGCGUGUGAAGCAGCAGUGUCAAGUGCUGGGCGGCGUGACCAGUGUAGCCCUGACGCAGGACGGCACGCACUUCUUCUGCGGCACCACUCUGUCGAACAUCUACUGGGUGGACACGGAUACUUUGACAGCGGAGUUGCGAAACACUUGUCACCACGAGAGGAUCAAUCAGAUCGCCUUCCCUGCGGACUACUCUGAAGUCUUUGCGACUUGCUCCGUCACGGACAUCCGCGUGUGGAAUGCUGUGACGCGUCAGGAAUUGCUUCGAAUCCAGGUGCCCAACAUGGAGUGCUACUGCCUGGACUUCAUGAGGGAUGGCAAAUCCAUCAUCUCGGGCUGGUCAGAUGGCAAGGUGCGCGCCUUCCUGCCGCAGAGCGGCAAACUCCUUUACGCCAUCAACGAUGCGCACAAGAAUGGCGUCACGGCGUUAGCGCUCAGCUCCGACUGUGGACGUAUCGUGACUGGUGGCAUGGAGGGCGAGGUCCGCGUUUGGAACAUUGGUUUCCAAACCCAAACCAUGGAUGCUUCACUGAAGGAGCACCGUGGACGCGUCUGGUGCAUCAAGAUCGCCAAGGAUGACACCCAGGCGGUCUCGGCCUCGGCGGACGGGUCCUGCAUCAUUUGGGAUCUCUUCACGAAGACUCGAAAGCUUUGUCUCUUCGAGUCCACCAUGUUCAAGAGCUUGGUGUAUCAUCCAGAUGAGUCGCAGUUGCUGACCACCGGUAGCGACCGCAAGGUGGCCUACUGGGACACCUUCGAUGGACAAGCCAUCCGAGUCCUGGAAGGCUCCGAGGAAGGCGAGAUCACCACGCUGUCCGUGUCGAAGAGUGGUUCCCACUACGUCUCGGGUGGCGAAGAGCGUUUGGUGAAGCUGUGGGACUAUGACAAGGGCGUCUCCGAGUACAUCGGGGUGGGUCACAGCGGCACCAUCACCUGUGCCGCGAUCAGCCCGGACGCCAGCUUUGUGGUCUCGGCGGGGUCGGAGGGAGCAAUCCUCAUCUGGACCAUGCCCCAAGAGUUGGUCAGCAAGUGCAAUGAGCUAGUUGAAUGA